AUGGCAGGGGAUGAUAAGGUGAACAUUGAUAGUGUCAUUGGUAGAUUACUAGAGGUUCGACGCACUCGUCCUGGCAAAAACGUCCAAAUGAGCGAAGCAGAAAUCCGCGGGCUGUGUCUGAAGUCUCGCGAAAUCUUUUUAAGUCAACCUAUUUUACUAGAACUGGAGGCUCCCCUCAAAAUAUGCGGUGAUAUUCACGGACAAUAUUAUGACUUGCUCCGACUUUUCGAGUAUGGAGCAUUUCCUCCCGAAGCAAAUUAUUUGUUCUUGGGUGACUAUGUGGAUCGAGGAAAGCAGUCUCUUGAAACAAUAUGCCUGCUACUAGCCUAUAAAAUCAAAUAUCCAGAAAAUUUCUUCUUGCUAAGGGGUAAUCAUGAAUGUGCCUCUAUUAACCGCAUAUAUGGAUUUUAUGAUGAAUGCAAACGUCGAUAUAAUAUAAAAUUGUGGAAAACCUUCACAGAUUGUUUCAAUUGUUUGCCGAUUGUAGCAAUUAUAGACGAGAAAAUUUUCUGCUGUCAUGGCGGUCUCUCACCUGAUCUUUCAACAAUGGAACAGAUAAGACGCAUCAUGCGUCCUACGGAUGUUCCUGAUCAAGGACUAUUAUGUGAUUUACUUUGGUCAGAUCCAGAUAAAGAUGUAACUGGUUGGGGUGAAAACGAUCGCGGUGUUAGUUAUACAUUCGGUCCAGAUAUUGUGGCCAGAUUUUUACAUAAACAUGAUUUGGAUUUAAUAUGCCGUGCUCACCAGGUUGUCGAAGACGGUUAUGAAUUCUUCGCCAAGCGUCAAUUAGUUACUCUUUUUUCCGCUCCGAAUUAUUGCGGUGAAUUUGAUAAUGCAGGAGCUAUGAUGUCAGUAGAUGAUACAUUAUUGUGCUCAUUUCAAAUUUUGCGUCCAGCUGAAAAGAAAAAGUAUUACGUUGGCGUCCCAACUGGAAGCCGACCAAUUACUCCACCUCGUGGGGCUAAAGCGAAAGGGAAAUUAUAA